AUGUCUAGUCCCAGACCGCCAAAGCGCUCGCUUGACGAUGCUGCUCUUGUUGAGGCAACGCCUCGUCCUUCCAAACGAAGCCUUUCCUUCCCUGGCGUCAUUCCCAUUUCGCAGCAUCACGAUCGUCAGAUUUCAGAGGGAGGUCUCGUCAAUUCCUCCAGCGAGCUUCGUCAUGAUAUUCCACCCAUCGAAAACUUGCCACAAGAGCUGCUCCUCCAGGUGUUUAGCCACCUGGUUCAUCCGUCCUUGCUCACUGCGGGAUUCCCAGACAAGCGAGUCAAGCACUACAGCGAUCAAUCCAACGGCGAGGACGGUCUCGACAACGAUGGCUUCGGCAGUGCCGUCGAUCGCAAAGACUUGCGCAACGUCUGUCUCGUCUCGCGCACUUUCAAGACGGUCGCCACGACCGUCCUUUACCGUUGCGCACACCUCGCGACGGUCAAAUCGCCAGAGAGCCUCCUACUCACCCUUACGGCACACCCAGACCUGCAACCUCUCGUCAAGCAUAUCUCGAUCCCUACGUAUGCAGGUCGAUCCACUGUGCGAUUCGAUUACGCCUUCACCCAUGACUGGUUGAAGUACGAGAAGCUGGACGACGAGGUCGAGGAGUUUCCACAUGGGAAUAUGUUUGCCGAAUGCUCAGAAGCCAUUGAGGGUAGUGUGCUCAAGCACCUCAUGCCUCUUUUGCCAAACCUGAAAACCCUCAUCAUCCCACAGAUCAGCUUCUACGAGGGACCGAUCAUCGAUGACCUCGUCUUACCGAAUCUGACAACGCUGCGCAUCACCCUUAUGUCGCCACCUGAGGACAUUUUCAAGAGGUUUAGCUUCUGUGAUUCCCUUCGCACGGUCAUCGGGCUGCGGCCAGAAGUCCUCGGCCAUGCCUUCCCUGCCCUACAGCGCCUCGAGGUCUGCACGGCAACCGGUACCUGGGAGGCCGAUCUCGUCUCUGGGGAAGGCGAGGCGGACAAGUGCGGAUGCCCGAUGAAGUACUUCGAGUCUCUCAAGACGGCGGCGACGUCCCAGAUUGCCCCCGCAGAGUGGCACCUGAUAACCCUAGAACGACCCAUCUUCGACUCAUCCUAUCUCCAGUCCCUGGUAUUCGACGGUCCGGGCAGCGAAUGCAGCAUGCCCUGCGAAGUUGCUCGCAUGGUUGACUGGGACCUCAACCGCUUUCUGUCGGAGACGGGCAGCGGCCUCCGCACCCUGUCGCUGGACUGGGAGGUUCACCACCGCAACCACCGCAUGGGAGACGACACCCAACAAAGCUACUUCGGCCCCUCGAGGCAUCUCAUAAAGCUCCCUCAGCUUACCAACCUGACGCACCUGACCGUCUCCCUGCAAGCCCUCUUCGGCCACGCGAACAUGUUCUGGGACUGGGUGGACGACAUGGAAGCCAGCCCCGACACCGAGCUCGCAAAGCUGCUCCCGCCGUCGCUGCGAGUCCUCCGCAUCGCCGAGUACAUCCUGGGCAUGUACGAGUACGGGUACGGGGCGGACGUCCCAGAGGAUGAUGGCGAGCCCGACUACGUCUAUCACGGCCGCUGCGUCCUAAGCUUCCUGCAGGCCCUCCGCGCUUGGUGGCUGACGCGUGACGAGGGCAGGGAGUUGUGGCUCCGGCGCCGCGCUGAUCUGGACGUUCUCGCGGUCAAUUGGGGAGACUCCCUGAGUUGGGACGGGCUCGGAUACAUCCUGGACUUCGGUGUGUGGGAUGAGGGAUUCCAGCGGAUACUGCGGCCAUUCGAGGACAACGGGUGGGAUCCAGAGGGGGAUGAUGGUGGUGUUGAUCGGGAGGACGAGGAGACGACUGAGAAUGAGGACGACGAUCCGGAUGGAGGUUCGGACUAG